AUGGAUAGUGGUAGCAACACCACUCCCACGGCGGAUCGCCAUGGCCGUCCCUCCGAGCCACUCCUGCCCUCGUCCUCGCCAGUCCAGCAUGGUCUCCUCUCUCCGACCAGGUCAACGAGCCGGAGAAAGGAGAGACGUCCCCCCUCAGUGACGCCCAAGCGCUUCGGUCGAUUCUUCACCCCUCGCUCCUCGCAGUCCAUUGUCGGUCGCCGUAUUCUAGCCCGUAUCCCGUCCGAGGAACUCAACGCCCAUCAUGCCAUGUCUCCCGACUCCAUACCUAGCGAUCCCCUGCAGCCGAGCGAUGGUUGUCACCAGGACCAGAGCUUCCUCAGCAGCCCUAGUCAGGCUGCCACUUGCAGGAAGAGGACAACGUCUUCUCUCGAGCAGCCUACCAUCCAACGUCGCCGGGUCGCCUUUGACGAUAUGCCGCCGCCCCAGCUGAACCUCUCCGGGGAACACAGUCAGGAUGUGCUCUCGGAUUGGAGGAAGACAACCCUUAAUCGUUUCUUUCGCACAAGCCGUGGCCAGGAUGUCUCCGCCAAGGACAGCUUGAUCCCCGAUGCGGUCCACGAACCUGCUGCCAAGAGGACACGAACACAGUCCCCAGAACUUCACACUCCCACGCCUGUCCGGAAGUUUAGAAAUCGCGGCUGCGAAGCCCAGCUCCUCGACCGGGAACAUGGCUUCUCCUCCCACACAGGCCGCCAGUACAUGGCUUUCCCAGCCUGCGACGCCCGCGCCCUCACGGGUAACUUCUACAGCAACUCUGAUGACCAUGAGUACGCCGCCAAUUACGAGGGACCCGGCAACACCACGCCCUUCUGCCAAGCCAACCUUCACAAGUCCCCCAUUACAGCCGUGGGCGACGAACAGGGAUAUGUGCGCCUCCUGCGGACAGACGGGUGGACCAACAGCUCAUCAGGCAAGAUGGACUCAUUCUUCAAGGCGCACGACAAUGCCGUCAUCGACAUGGACGUGUCAUCCGACGAUAUGAGGCUUGCCACUGCCUGCGGCGACUGGUCCGGCCGCAUCUUCGACACGACCACCCAGAGCGCCGCCGUCGACCUCCGUGGCCACACGUCAGGUAUGAGGCAGGUGCUCUUCCAACCAGGGCGUGCCAAUGGCGAAGUGCUCGCCACGGCCGCCAAGGACGGGUGCGUCAACAUCUGGGAUCUACGCUGCAACUCGCUUCCUGUCAACGCCUUCUCGACCAUGUGCGACGACGACAGCACCAAGGCGAUAACGCGUAGGAACACGGAUCUCGAAACGCUGCAGCUCAGACCCAUCAACUCCAUGGACCUCGCGCACGUCCGCACAGCAAACGGUCUGCACACGCCGGCAUCCAUCACGACGCUGCAAUGGUUUCCCGCCGGGCGCGAGCACCUCCUCGUCUCGGGAUCCGAAGCCAACGCGGCCAUCAAGCUUUGGGACAUUCGCUGCAUCAAGCCCCGACACAAGGACCAGGCGACCCCACUAUCCGUCACGGCAGAGCCGCAGCACCACACCUUCCGCUCCUACGGUCUGACCUCGCUGGCCAUCAACGCCGACGGCUCGCGCCUAUACUCAGUAUGCAAGGACAACACGGUGUACGCCUACUCGACAGCCCACCUCAUUCUUGGCCAGGCCCCCGAGCUGGUCAACAGCGCCGUGAAGCGCAAGCCCCGUGGCCUCCAGGGUAUCGGUCCCCUAUACGGCUGGAAGAAUGAUCGUCUCAGCGCGAUUUCCUUCUGGGUCAAGGCCUCUCUGCGCGCCGCCUCUGCUUCUUGGGGCCCCGAACUGCUCGCCGUGGGUGGCAACGACAAGUGCCCGAUUGUGUUCCCCACUGACGAGCGGUACAUGCGCUCCGCGUUUGAUCAGAGGAACCACAUUCUCGAAACCUCGUCGGCAAAUUCCUCAGCUGCAACGGGGGCAGCAAGGUCCACGCUGCCAUCCCUCAACCCUUCUGCAGCCAAUAUCCCCAUCUUCAGGUGCGGGACUGCCCUCGUCAACGGCCACGAUAAGGAGGUGUCUGCUGUCGGGUGGACGAACCAAGGCCGUCUCGUCUCCCUCUCUGAUGAUGGAGGCGUGCGGCACUGGCAGGAUGACGACACGCAGAGGGCCGGUUAUCUGAGGCAGGUCGGCGAUUUUGGCGGCGAGAGGUGGAAUGCUGGAUGGGCGGAUGUAAGUGACGGCUGGGACGACGAGGAGUGA